AUGGCUAAUCAACAACCGCAGCCAUCAGCCGAGUUCCUGGCAGAGACCCAGAGCCCAACAGUUAAGGCCGUAAUGUGGUUGAUGACGGGGAUGGCUAUGCUGUUUUUGGGUCUUCGCCUCUGUGUUCGACUUCAUCUGAAGCGGAUCUUUGGAUGGGACGACGUGAUUGCUGCCGUUGCCGUUGCCUGUCUCAUCGGCUACGCUGCAGUCUGUCAUGCAGCAGCAGAUAUCGGACUGGGUCGACACAUUCAGUAUGUCUCUAUGGAACCACAGAACCUCAUCGGCGUGGCACGAUACAGCAGCAUCAGUCAGACGCUUGCUAUUCUUGCCUGCGCUUUGGGGAAGACAUCGUUCGCUGUGACUCUGCUCCGGAUCGUGAUUCAGAAAUGGAUGAACUGGUUGCUUUGGUUCAUCAUCAUCACAAUGAACAUCGCGAACCUUCUUGCAGCACUGUUUGUUUUCGUGAAAUGCAAGGACCCGAGAUCGAAUUGGGACCCGAGCAUUGUAUCGAAGUGUUGGCCGGAUUAUGUGUUCACGAAUUAUUCGCUAUUCGUUGGAGCGUACUCUGGGCUUCAGGACUUCUUGCUAGCACUUCUCCCAUGGACUAUCGUCUGGAAUCUCCAGAUGAAGAAAAAGGAGAAGAUGGGCGUUGCCUUUGCUAUGAGUCUGGGUAUUUUGUCAAGUGCCGGUACAGCAGCGAUCGUUAAAACAGCUUACCUCGUGAAACUCUCCGCAAGAGCCGACUUUACCUGGGAGAUAGUCCCCCUCCUCAACUGGGCCGCCGUGGAAGACAGCCUCACCAUUAUCGCCUCCUCGAUCCCAACACUGAGGCCUCUUCUAACAAAAAUAUUCCCCUCGACGACCUCGCAAGAAAGCUACAACAUGCUCCCUCCACCACCGCCGAGUUACGAAAAGAAACGGAAUAUUCGCUUCGACACCUCUAUAUACGCAACGCAAGUGGAUCGUGAUCGAGAAGUGACGGAUCCUCGCGAUAACAGCAGCCAAACGAUGAUUCUACCGGUGACGCGGCCCAAGCCGAGUACUGUGGAUAAUAAGAAUCAAAUCAAUUUGACUACGGAAGUGUCUGUUUUGUACAAGUCGAAUGAUAUGGUCUAG